CAGACUCCCGACUGCAACGCAGCCUUUUUGGGAUUAACGCAGCCACACACACACACAAGGUAUUCUACUGGUUUAUAUAUCAUGUCUGGCGAUAUAUUUUGAAAACAAGCCCUGGCAUCCCCAUAAGCAUUGCACUUUUUAACUAUUAGACGAAAUAUUUACAGAAUACAGUGCUUAAAAACUGGUGCUAUAACCAUGAUUCAUGUAUUAUUAAUAGCGCUUUAAUUAAAUUAUACCAAAUAACGUUGUGGAGAGGGGAAAAAACGCCCUGAAGUCAUGACAGGAAAAAAAAAUCGUCACACCUUUCUAUGCUCUGACCAAGAAGUGCUGGAGAGAGUGCGUGUGUUGCAGUGAAACGUCCCGAUGAGAAACCGAAUUGAACAGAAAGUGUUGUUGUUUUACUUUAGCCGAUUGAGAAUUGGAAACAGAAAGUACAAAACUAAAAGUCUGUUGUUUUGUUUGAAAUAGAAGGAAAAAAAAAAACGUUUUUGUAGCAGCUGGCACUUAAAGAAGUACCAGAAAAAAAUAGAAGCAUUUCAACCGUGGGCGCGGUUUUAUAAGCCCAAAAGAAAGUGCGUGGGUCGGGUUCCCACACUGAAGCAAAGAAUCUGCACGCAGGGUACGAGGAGCUGAAGCGAAACAGAAGGGGCACAGCACCACUGGAUUAUCAACGCAAACAAUAGAAAUGCCUCCAAGGAAACGAAAAAAUCAUUCUUCGUCCGCUGUGAAUAAUCUUGCUGAAACUGCACCUCCAGCUGUUUCAGUAACUCUUGGAAGCACGAUGAGUGCAGCACAUUUGGCACAAGCACAGCCUGCUUCUCCGCUGUCACACACAUGGCCACCUUCCAGCACAGAACUUGUGUCAGUUCCAGGUUUCUCCUCACCCCCCUGCCCUGUAGCACACCCCAUCUCUGAACCAGCAGUAACAUCCCAAACCCUGCCCUCAGCACCAGCAUUACCACAAGAUGCACACGUGUUUGCAGAUUUCGAGCUUUUUCUCCCACUUUCUUUCAACAAGGAAAGCUGUUCCUCUUCGUUCAUCAUGGCUGAAGCAAGUAGUCUCAUCCAUGAAAACCAAGUUACAUGUUCAAUAUGCCUGGAUAUAUUCACCAGCCCAGUCUCCACUCCGUGUGGUCACAGCUACUGUAAGAAUUGCAUCGAGAAUCACUGGGAUUCAGGGGUUUGCACUUGCCCGCUGUGUAAAGACGAGUUUCACAGCAGGCCGAAUCUCAACAUUAACAGAUCCUUAGCCGAAAUUGCAGAGCAGUUCAGAAACAGCAGUACUGAAGAAUAUGAUGCCCAGCCUGGGGAUGUGCUGUGUAGCUUCUGCCUCGGGAGAAAGCUAAAAGCUGUCAAAUCCUGUUUGCAGUGCCUGGCGUCUUACUGUGAGAAGCACAUCAAGCCUCACUGUGAAAAACCUGCUUUUAAGAGACACACACUACUGGAUCCAGUUGAAGACUUUGAAGGGAAGAUUUGCGAUUUGCACCAACAACUCUUGGAUAUAUAUUGCAGAACUGACCAGAAGCUUAUCUGUCAUUUCUGUAUCGAUGAAGAGCACAAGGGCCAUGAUCUUGUAACAGCAAAGAGCGAGAGGAAAGAAAAACAGAACAUGAUGGAGGAGACGCAAAGAAGAAUAAAAACACGACUCCAGGAGAGUCGGGAGAAGCUGUCAAGUCUGAAUGUGGUUGUGGGGAAAGUUGACGACCGUGCGCAGAGAGAAAUUGAGGCAAGCAACAAGAUUUUUGAUGAGCUGAUCAAUUCCACUGAGAGAAUCCGAGCCGAGCUUCUCGGAAAAAUCAGAGGAGAGCAGAAUGCUGCAAGGAGACCGGCCGAAGGGCCGAUUCAACAACUGGAGCAGGAGAUUGCUGCGCUGGAGUGGAGAAACAAUGUGUUAGAACAGCUGAAGCAAUCUGAGGAUCACAUCCAUUUCCUACAGAAUUUCUCCUCUUACUGCACCCUCCCGAACGCUACCACUGUACCCGAGGUCACUGUUAGUGCAGACAUGCAUUUUCAGGAUGUGAGGAAAGACGUUUCUGAGAUUAAAGGUAAUCUUGAGGAUUUCUUGAGCGAUGCAGAAAGAAGAUUAAAAAAAGAUCGGGGAAAGAUUCAAACAUAUGCACAUUUAAGACUCAACUUGUGUUUCUACAAGAAGGCUUCACUUUACCUGGCAGUGAUGUGCUUGCUGUCCCUCACAUGCUUCCAGGCAAUACCCGCAUUCAGGGGCUUAAGUGUUAAGUGUUACAACAGUUUCACUGAGAAGAAGCAGCAACUGGAGGGAGCUUACAGAAUCUCAAAUCAUACAACAACGCAACUAGAGGCAGCCCACACUGCACUUGCUGAACUAUCAAGAAAAGAAGGAGAAAUCCCAAGUGCAGUCUGGAAGUGGAUUCGUGCUGCAACAGUUGAUUUGACUCUGGACCCCCACACUAGAGCACACUCGCAACUCAUCCUGAGUCAGAAAAAAGUGGUGCAUCACCCGGGCCAUGCAGAUGUUCACUAUAGCUCCUCCUGUGUCGAGGGCAGGGAGGCGUUCACCUCAGGGAGACACUAUUGGGAGGUGAAAGUGAAGCACAGUCGUAACUGGAUAUUGGGAGUCACCAGCAAAUCUGCUCCAAAGAAGUGGGUGUUUGAUAUAAACAACUAUUGUGGUUUCUGGUCAUGCUACAGAGAGCACGUGAGGUGGGGUGUGUUUGUGGAUUUUAAGGAAGGGUUUGUCUCAUUUUACAAUGUGAAGACUAGAUCAAACAUCCACACUAUCACAGGCACUUUUACUGACACACUCUAUCCAUUAUUCUGUACUGUAGAAGACCUUGAAAUAGUCUCCCCUGAUGAAACAUGAAUAACUGUUUUCAGCUGAUGAGAAAACAGCAGUGUCAUAUAUCUGUGUAAAGCUAUUGUAUAAAGCAAAAUAAUGCCAGAGAUCUUUUCACCUUUAUCUAUCUCAAAAGUGCACUUUUGAAAAGUAUGCGUGUUAUUGUAAACAUGUACUUUUAUUUAAAACAUGAUCUCUCAUACACAACAGCGUCUUCGAAGUGAAACCAUGUUACUGGCUUAGAGCAUAUCAGUCAACGAGGCAAGCAGCUGAUUGGUAAAUAUAAGGGAAGAGGCCAUUGAAGGGGUGGGGACAAUUUCAGUCUUUCUGGGUAAAUUGAGAGAUAUGAUUCAUCACAUCAUUUGUAAAACUGUUCUAGUCAUUUUAAUUUUCUGGGAAAAAUAAAUAAUAUUUCCUUUCUAAACCUGCUCUGUAUCACUGGGUUAUUUCCGAUAUCUGACUAGAAUAGUUGUUGCCCUGGCAACGUUGGGUUUGGCUGCCCUAUAUUAUCCCCAGCUUGUGUAUCCUUGCUUAACCCACCCCUCUCGUAUAGGGAUGAAUAGUAUGUUCUGUCAGUGUAGGCCUUUUAAAACUACAAAAGGUAAUAAAAACUGAAAUAAAAAAGUGACAUAAAAGAAAAUGCAGUUUUGAUUGUAACAUUUAGAAAAAACAAGAUAAAAAAGCUAUUUUGUAAAACUACAUUUUCAAUCUUGAUUUAAAAACAGUACGAGUCCCAGCUUCCCUGGCAGAAGAAAGCAGAGCACUCCAGAAUUUAGGAGCUUUAC